UUACCAAACAAACAAAUUAGCACAAUAACCGACGAAAGUACAAGUAUACCUAUCAAAGGAACGAUUUGUGAACUCGCUUUAUGUUAUUUUCAUGGACGCGGGAACUGUGAAGAGGAUAUUACAUUUCAACAUAUUUCUCUACAUCUGGGACUCACGAUUUAUUUAGAUGUAUAAUUGACUCGUUACUGGACUGAUGGAGUGCAGUAAUGUUUCCGAGGAAGAGACAAGACAAGGAUGUUGCACAUGAGGGUUGGAAUGAGAGGCAAGAGAACUUGGAGCAUUUCUUGCCAACUUCCCCCCAGCAGGCUCUUAGUCAGUUUAAUGAUAUCGAGUGGUCAAGUAGUGAUGAAGAAGACCAAAAUAAAAUUGAUAAAAGCAAAUCAACUCCUAGAUUGCUGUUUUUAAAAAAUAGAGCUUAUGACAGGUCACAGAUUCAUGAGUCUGAUAUAUUCUCAUGUGAAGAACCAAGUCUACCUUUUAAGAUUAAAAAAAAGGAGAAAACUUUUACUGCUGAACAUAAGCUAAAAGUUUCAUCAUCACCUCGAAUUGGCAGACGUUGCGCAGAUGUGAACAGCACUGAUAAUGGAAGCAGAUUUCAUGAAUUGUCAUUUUCAAAUAAAGUCUCACAGGAAAGGAACAGAAUUCCUGAAAUUGAUAAUAGAAAUUUGGAGAAAACUCCAAAGAAGAGUAUGUGUGGUCAUAAAUCCUCCAAUUUGUCUCCUUUGGUAGGCUCACAAAGGUAUCCAUCGAGAGAAAUACCCCCACAGGCACCCAAGGAAGAUGAGAUAUCUUGCUCAAUGUAUAUAACUGAACCAAGCUCCCCUAUUCUUGGUUCACAGACUAUUGUUAAAAGACGGAGAAUUAGUUUAGGUCCCCGAUCUUAUUCAAGUAUUCAGCAGAGCACUUGUGAAACACUUGAGUCUUCUGGACAUCCAAACUCUAAUAUAAACAAUUUUGAAAUUUCACCAUCUUUAAGGAUUGUGGCAACCUUUGAUCAUAGAAAUCUUGGAGAAAGUGAAUGUGACAAAAAAACAAGGUCAUUUAAAUUGGCCCAUGAAGACAAACUAAAUUUUGAGAACAUAGAUAAAAAUAAAGACUUAGAAAAGGAGAUUCUGCAUCAGAGUUCAGGAAAAUACACCCAGAAUACAAAUGAUUACUCAGUGCCAGCUCAUAACAUUAAAAAGAGUGAACAGAAAACCACCAUAAAAAGGGAGCAAGCUAUAACCUAUACUACAAAGAGUAUGUUUAAAUUAAAGGAAUAUAAAGAUGCAGAGCAAUGUAUAUUAAAAAAGACUGCAAUUCAUAUGCAGAACAGCCACUCACAGGAAAUUAAUUCAGAUACAGAGAAGAGCAAUGACAACUUUGAAUUAGACAUUAGCCCAUUUUCGCCAGUGCAGAGUGGUCAAGAAGGAUUACUCGAAUCAUUGGAAAGCUGUAAUAUCACCAUCUCAGAAGCAUCAUCUGCUUUAACUGAAGUUGAAGAAACAACAGUUCAGUCGCACAAGACAGGCUCGGAGUGGCUUCGCAGCCUUCAGCAAAUUACACCUGUCAAGCAUUGUCUUAAAGGUAGUAAAGAAGAGGGUGAGGAUUCAGCCAAAAAAAAGCUCAAGAAGGAUGGUCUUGCAAGUAGAUUGUCUCAGCUGAUACGGUCUUGGCAAUCCAGUGUCCAGAUGUGGACUCACCAGAUGGCUUUAGCCAAACCUCAGGGUCCACUUGGUAAUAAUGAGCAGAAAGACAAUCACAUGACACGGCUGCCUCAGGAGAUGAGCAAGAACAUUCUUGGAGGCUCACCAUCUCUCACAAAUUGUGCACAAAUACAUUUUCAGUCACCAGCAGUUAAGAACUUGAGUGAAAUUUUAGGAAGUCCUUCACAGACCUCCACUCAGGCUUCUUGUUUUAGUCAGACCCAUGUCGAAAAUUCCAAGAAGAAUUUAAGACUAAUAAUCAUCAGAACUGGAGGAGACCUACCAAAUAAUGCAGCUGAAUGUAAAGAACACAAAGGCCAAUUAAGUCAGAAGACUAUGGAUGUAAUAGAGAAAGGAUGUGAAUUUCGGAAGAAGGGGAAAAAUGAAAAUGCUAGAAAAUUUUUGGUCAUCUUUGCUCUUAGUGGAGAAAAUAAAAAACAGAGAUUAUUUGUCAAUAAUAUAGUAAAAGUAUAUGCACCAUGGCAACAUCUGGUUAUUCCACAGUAUCCAGUACCAAUACUAUUUGCAUCCUACUUUACUGUAGAAAUUAAUCUGCACAGUGUAAAUGACCUAAACACAAGAACUGACUAUCUGGCUGCAAACAUCAUUAACACAAUGGAAGAUAAGAUAUAUUCUGGUGAUGGAAAGAAAAGCAAGAAGAAGAUUGUGCUGUCCUCUUGGUCUUGUGCUUGUCUAUCAGGACCUGUUGGGUUGCCUUCCAUUUGUAAUUCAUUCCAGUAUACAACUGUGCAGCCUGUCAGAAGAAUCACACAGCAUUGUUUCAGUGAAGACAAUCCUGGAUUUUCCAUCAUUAAAGAGACUUCAGAUGUAUCUGAAAGCAAGGAAGGGGAUUGUACUGCAAACAGUGUUUUAAAAGCCAUAGAAAAGUGUGGAGGUGUAUCAGACAUGCCUGUCACUAUCACCAUCAGGAUUCAUCGUAUUAUUUUGCAAAAGAAUGAUGAAGGCAUCUUAGAUUAUUGGGAAUGUGUUGGUCAAGAUGCCAGUGGAAUGUUCUGUUCCAUAAGAAUACCAAACCAUCCCCUUGUUAGCCAGUUUAAGGGGCUAAUAGAAACUGGAGAGGGAGCCACCUUCACCUUCAGCCAUGUCACAGUACUACAGAGGCUUACCAACACUCAAAAUUCUGGUUUGUUUUCGCUUCUGUCAUCACUACAUUCUUCCUACCAGUCAGUUAUUUAUGCCUGUUCAGACCUGCUUUCAUUGUUGAAGGAGCAUGCCACAAGACCACCCCAAACAUACUGCUAUGUAUUUGCUGUGAAUCUCAGGGUCUCCAAAGCCAUAAACAAUGAAUAUCAGGUUGCACUGCCCAUCAAGUUACCAGACUGGACCUUGAUAGAAGCCAUGCAGAUAUCUCAUGAUGGCUGUCGUGGUAAUAUAGAAAUGCACAUCCUCUACAGAGUUGAAAGUCUUUUGUAUGUCAUGAACAGUGAAGGUUUCACAGAAGAGAAUGAUAAAGAAAUUAAGAAAAAUCAUGAAGGGCAUAUUAAAUAUGAAAUGGGAAACACAUCAACCUUGGUGAUUAGUGUUCUAGUAGAGAAGGGAACAUCACUGCCUCUAUGGAUACCAGAAAGUGGCACAGUUAUGCAAGGUGUGGUUCUUAGAGAUGCAGUAAUAUGGCAAGGAAAAGUGUUUGUUGACUCUUAUAGUAAGAUUGAGCAGAGUAAAUGUGACACCAAUAUUUCCUUGACAGCUUUGCAUAGAAUACUGAAACCCCUUUCCCUCACUAGUCAGAGUUGGGAUCUUGCUAUAGUAAAUGGUACCAUUCUUAGGAUUGAUGAAGAAAGUGCAUACAGCUGGCCAGCCUGUCCUUAUUGCCUAAAUAGCAGUAUCAUUGAUGCAGAUAAUGGUGUAGAAUGCCAGAAAUGUGGACAGAAAUUCUCUUCACCAGGAACAGGAUACUGCCUUGAGGUCUGGUUAUCCUGUGGGAUAGAAAUGCAAAAUGCAGAUAUUAGAGUAAAGCUUUAUCAAAAGACCAUUGAGAGGCUGCUGAGCUCUUGUAGUAACAAUAAGAAGCACGAAAAAGACGAGGGAUAUGAUCCUGAAAUGCUUUUGGGUAGACACAUUGGUUCACUGGUGUGUGUACUACAGGAGGUGCGGAAGGCUAAAUUAUUGAAGACUCCUAGUUUCAAACUUCUACAGUUACCUUACUAGAUAAAGAUAUUGAGAAGAACAAAAGAAAACAGUGCCUUUGGUUGAGGGGAAUGAAAAAUGUAGAUAUAUAUAAACAGGUAACAUUUUUAGGCCAAUUUUGGAAUACUAAUGUUGGAUUAGUUGAUGGAGAAAGUUGUAACAGUUACACUUUAUGAUUCUAAAUAUGAUCUUUGUUGGUGUAAUGCUUAUUUCUAUGUAAUAAGUGUAAAGCUGCUGCAAUAAGGGAAAUUUAAAUAAAAGCAAAAUAUUCUUAUUUUCUGAAGAGAUAUAUUUAGUUUAUUUCAGGAUAUACAAGUUAUAAAAAAGAAAAUUGAAGAUGAAAAUUUAGGAUUCCACUUUAUACAGGAGCUUUAGUUUUGUAUAUGUUUUUAAAUGUGAAACAGUCCUUUAUUAAAGAGCUCAAAAUCAUGAUUUAGCAAAAGUUUGUUGUAAAACUUUUUGUGUUUUAUUUUUGUAUUGUUCAAAUUCAAGUAUCAUUAUUAAUACAUUGUAUUAUAUAUGUAAGCCAAUAUCAUAAAAUUGUUAACUCCUGUGUAAAGCAAUUUAUUUUGGAGUUGAAAUAUAAAAUUAAUUUAAGGAAGUACUUCAAAAUAGAGUUUCAUAAUAUCAUUCUGAAAGAGGUGAGAGAUUAUUCAGGCUUUGUGAUUUUAUAAGUUGAAAUGGUGUAUUUUGCUAUGUA